UAUUGUGUGUAACCUGUGAUGUUUAUGAGAAAACAAGUAAACCCACAACACUUCCUUUUCCGGUUUGCGUCCAAUUCAUCGCAACCAUGGGCAAGUUUAUGAAGUCGGGCAAGGUGGUACUUGUCCUAGGAGGUAGAUUCGCUGGAAGAAAGGCAGUCAUUGUUAAGAAUUACGAUGAAGGCACCUCAGACAAGCCCUAUGGCCACGCUCUUGUUGCUGGUAUUGAACGCUACCCUCGCAGGGUGACCCGCAGUAUGGGCAAGAAGAAGAUAAAGCAGAAGUCCAAGGUGAAGCCUUUCAUCCGCGUGUACAACUACAAUCACCUUAUGCCAACCAGAUAUUCAAUUGAUGUAGUGUUGGACAAGGGGGCUGUUAACAAAGAAGUUUUCAAGGAUCCUGCCCGCAAACGCAAGGCCAAGCGAGAAGUGAAGGCCAAGUUUGAGGAACGAUACAAGAGUGGCAAAAACAAGUGGUUUUUCCAGAAGCUCCGUUUUUAAUGUACAUAUAAAUAAACUGCCUAAACAAGA